UGUCAAAAUCGAAUGACAGAUAUCCACCUUGAAUAACCAAAUCCAAAAGUCAAUGAUACACUGUAACAUUUAAUUAUUUGGCCGCAAAAAUGACGAACCCUUACGGUGUAUCUGAAGCGGAGUACAACCUGAUCAAACAGCAGGCCGCCAGGCGUGCUGCCUUGAGAAAUGAAUUCAUCAAACAGAAAACUAACCCGUUUAAACAUGCUAGCGAAGCUGGAUAUGUCUUCGAUCCAGCUAUACAGAAGUUUCUGUCGAUGAAAGUGACCCAGUUGGAGCACUUCACUGCUAACACGCGCACUAGCUUGUUUGGGGUGUGCGCUAUCGUUAUCCCCAUGUUUGCAUACGGAUACAUUCUCUGGAAGCACAGGACAGACCGUGAAGGACAGAUCAGGAGGGGAGAACUACGUUAUAGGGACAGAAUGUUCAAAUUGCAGUAAUGGUUCAACUCAGUGUAAGCUAAAACAAAUGUGUAGAAAAUAAUAAAAUCAUGUAAAUUGUA